AUGCCAGCUGCUAAUCCAAAGCGUAGUUCAAUUAUGGACCAUCAUCGUGCCGAAGUGAAGCCAAAGAGGAUUGCCCGAACAGUUGCAGUUCCACUUAUAACAGUGUAUCAAUCAAUCAGACCCCUCAAAACUACUGGAGGCACAAUCGUGACCACUCUGGAGGUCCUCGUCCAGCUGUUUAAAGAGGAAACAUCGGAAAGAUCCGAAAACACCUUCAAAGGAACCCCCAGCGGUCAAGAGAAGGAUGGCUAA